AUGAUUGGUGCCUCGCUCGUUCUUGGGGAACCUAGAGAUCCACACCGUUCGAUUAUAUUUUCCGAGCGGAGAGAGGAUUUUCUGAUUAAUAAGCUCUAA